AAUAUAUUUGUUUAAUAAACUUUGUGACGACAUAUGCAAGAUGAUAUUGAAAAUUAAUUAAUUGUAGAGUGAAAAACACACACCUAACAUCUAAUAAUAUAAGACCUCUUAGACUUAGGUUUUUUUGCGAUUUUUUUCCAAAACAUGCAACCAUGGAGGUGAGAAAACUUUUUUAGCCAAUUUUCUCUCUCUUCUCCCUUUUUUUCCCAUCCAAACCAAACGAAGGAAAUUUUCUUGAAAAAUGUGUUUUCUCAUCUUAGAUUUUCUUUCUCUCCAAAAUCUCUCCAUCCAAACAGCCUAGAAAUGUUCGGCCGUCCAAAUCCACCGCGCGAACCGUCGCUCCACCCUCUCGUCGCUCCAUAACCUCAAAUUCAUGGAGGGGAAUCUUCAGCGGCUGAGAGAAACGUAAUUUCUUCCGAGGCGGAAGAGAAUUUAAGUAUGGUGGGCGGUUUUUCGGGAACGCCGCUGGCAGCAACGACAGAUCUUAGCAGAAGGGGGGGGGGGGCUUUAGAAGGCCUCCGGGUGGACUUCUUCCUCAGCAGCGGCAGAUUUCUUCUUCCUCCAGGUGGACUUCUUCCUCAACACUGGCAGAUCUCAGCAGCGGUCAUUGUUAUGGCGGCACUUGCAAUCUUUCACCUUAGUCCCACAAACCUUGCAAACAGGGCAUAUAGACUUUCCUUUAUGGGAACAACAUGUUCAACAUUGUAUUCUUUGUAUGCAUUAUAUGGGGUAAAUUCUCAUUAUAUGGGCAAUUUGGAAAGGCGCAUUCCCGACUUCAUACUCAAUUUGGGCAAUUGGGCAGAUCCCAUCACUGACUUCAUAGGCAGUUGGUUUGGGCAAUUGGGCAACGCUCAUUCCCGACUUCAUAACCAGCUGGUUUGGGCAAUUGGGCAGGGCACAUUUCGGACUUCACACGCAAACAAUGUGCUAGGAACAAGGAGAUCCAGUAGAGUACUACAACACCCUUUCUUCUCGCAUUUAUCCUCUCUCCAAAUAGCCCCUCUGCCAUUUCCGAAAAAAGAGGAGGAAGGUCGAGUCGAGUACUACAGCAAGACUGAAACUUAUUUCAAUGGCCUCCUCCACGGCUCCUCUCUCAGAGAAUGAUGUUGUGCCUCAUGGCCAUCCUGCCCCAGCACUGUAUUUGCCUUUUGUGUCUAUCGGUUUGAGUAUAAGUGUGCUUAUAUUUGUCCUAAUCAUUUUAUUUUUGUGUUGGAAGCGCUACUGGACUCACCGUCGUAAGAGGUCCGGGAAAGUAGGAGUCUUAAGAAAACUUCUGAUGUUCCUAUUGAAUCACACGCUAUAUCACUUAAAGCUUCCGAGGUUCUUAUUCGGUCACAUACCAAAUCAUUCCAAACUCUUUAGCAGGCGCGAUAGAGAAUUUUAAUCUAGACAAUGUGUUAAGAACAAGAGUUUUUGGGUUUGUAUAUAAAGGAGAAUUGGAUGAUGGUACCAAGAUUGUCGUAAAGAGGAUGAAAUGUAGCAGGUCAAUUGAUGCAAAACGAAUGAAAGAUUUUCAAUAAGAGAUUGCACUUAUUACCGCGGUAAGACACAAACAUCUCGCUGCAUUUCUCAACUAAUGCAUUAGUGGAGACGAGAGACUUUUGGUGUAUAAAUAUAUAUAUACUCAAGGUAGUUUAAGUCUCUAUUUAUUCAAAUGGAGGAAGCAUGGAUCUCCACAUCUGACUUGGGCGCAAUGGCUAACAAUAGCUUUCGAUGUGGCAAGGGGGUUGAGUACCUGCAUUGCUUGGCUCAACAAGGUCUCAUUCAUCAAGAUUUAAAACCAUCAGAUAUCCUUCUUGAUGAUAAUAUGAGAGCUAAGGUUGCUGAUUUUGGGUUGGUGAAAAGAGUACCCGAUAAGAAGUCCUCAUUGUUGACAGUGUUGAGUUAAGGGAAAUGUGUUCAUUCCUUAUAUACUCAUCUUUCCAACCCAGACAAUGUAAAUAUGAGAGCUAAAGGAAAUGUGUUGACCUAAGGAAAUGUGACUUAAUAUUUGGCAGAAAACAUAAUUGACAUGUUUCUCUCGUGGGCUAAAAUAUGCAACACUUUUGAUAUCGAGUCAUACAAUGCACAUAAGUACUUACUGUAUUUUUGUGAAAAAUACCCAAAUGUUCCGGCCAACACCGUCAACAAUGAGGAUUUUCAUCAGGUGCUCUUUUUACCAAAACAAAAUUGACAACCUUAGCUCUUAUAUUAUCAUCAAGAAGGAUAUUUGAUGGUUUUGAAUCUCGAUGAAUGAAACCUUGUUGAGCCAAACAAUGCAGACACUCAACCCCCCUUGCCACAUUGAAGGCAAUGGUUAGCCGUUGUGCCCAAGUCAGAUGUGGAAAUCCAUGCUCCCUCCAUUUGAAUAAAUGGAGACUUAAACUACCUUGAGUCAUAUAUUUAUACACCAAAACCCUCUCGCCUCUACUAAUGCAAUAGUUGAGAAGUGCAACGAGACUUUUGUGUCUCACCGCGGUAAUAAGUGCAAUCUCUGAUUGGAAAUCUUUCAUUCACUUUGCAUCAAUUGACCCACCACAUUUCAUCCUCUUUACGACAAUCUUGGUGUCAUCAUCUAAUUCUCCUUUAUAUACAAACCCAAAAGCUCUUGUUACUAACACAUUGCCUGGGUUAAAAUUGUAAUUGUCUGUCACGCUUGCUAAAGAGUUUGGAAUGAUAUCGUAUGUGACCGAAUAAGAACCUCGGAAGUUUGAAGUGAUAUAGUGUGUGAUUCAAUAGGAACAUUAAAAGUUUUCUCAGGACUCCCUACCCUGCCGAACCUCUUAUGACGGUGAAACCGGUAGCGCUUCCAACACAAAAAUAAAACGAUUAGGACAAAUAUAAGCACACCUAUACCCGAGCCGAUGGACACAAAAGGCAAAUACAGUGUUGGGACAGGAUGGCCAUGAGACACAAGAGCAUUCUCCGAGAGAGGAGCCGUGGAGGAGGCCAUUGGAAUAGGUUUCAGCCUUGUUGUAGUAAUCGACUCGACCUUCCUCCUCUUUUUUUCGGAAAUGACAGAGGGGCUGAUUGGAGAGAGGAUAAAUGUGAGAAGAAAGGGGGUUGUAGUACUCUACUCGAUCUCCUUGUUCCUAGCACAUUGUCUGCUUGUGAAGUCUGGGAUGCGCCCUGCCCAAAUCAGCUGCUUAUGAAGUCGGGAAUGAGCGUUGCCCAACGCUCUUGUUCCUAACACAUUGUCUGGGUUAAGGGAAAGUAUAUAAGGCUUGUAUUUCAUAAGAUUUCGCCAUGAAGACUCAACACAUUGUCUGGGUUAAGGAAAAGAGUUCCCGAUGGGAAGUCCUCAUUGUUUUUAUUUUGACACGAGUACACAUUGUCUGGGUUAAGGGAAAGAUGAGGGUGACGAUAUUGAGUUCAACAUGAGUUUUCCUCGAAUGCUUUAAAGAUAGCAAGCUAGUGAAGGGAUUUCCAGAAUGUUCGGCAAUGAAUUGGAUUCUGUCCACAUAGCCAACAAUUGACGAAAUUAAUCCCAUAGGUCAAGCACUCAUCUUUGUGGAAGAUGACUUAUUAUGGGUUUGCUCCUCAACCAAUCCAAUUUUGGUGCAACAUUUGCUUUUAUUGCAAGGGGACUGUUUUUAUGUGCUGGUAUAGUGGCUUCUUGAAGAUGAUAAGAAACCUCAAGGAAGUAAAUGGUGUAACAUAUGAAGAUGAAUAUGCAACAUCUCAGAUGUUUGGGUCGGAUGAAGAAGUUGCUUCUUAAAUUCCAACCCAAGCCCAAUCUCUUGUUGAUGAGUCAGUCUGGUGCAGUUCUGAUUGCUGAAUACAAGCCAGUUCCUGCUGUGGAUUAUUUAUAGGAUGCCAUAAUCCUCCUGAUGUCAUAGGCUUUUUGUCUAGCAAUUCAACAACGAGGUCCAUGAUAUAUUGGCUUUUUUUGGAACACGGAAUAUGGGAUUCAUUUAUCAAGAACUUGUUGAUAUUCUUAGCUAUGAUGUGGUUAUAACGAUGUUAUGAUGGUGCUGAUUUAAAUAGUGAAAAACCAUAUUUUUACGUCUGGUGCCUCAGAAUGCUGCAGUUAUAAGAGGUACACUCCGUGCUGAGAAGCAAUUCCUCAUUGCUUUCAGAAGCAAGAAGGAACAAACAGAGUGAUGGGAAUCUAUUCAGUGGAUGUCAUUUUUGUAAGAUACAAAUGGAUUACGAUCAUUUAGCUCUCAGGAGUCGCUAUUUGCCAUGGUUGUCUAAUUGGACACAUACAGUAUGUUGCUCGCCUUCUUUACUCGUUAUCUUCAUCGUAUAUAAAGACUGUGCAUUCUU